UUCAAGCCCCUCCGGCUGAAUCGAGAAGCUAGUUAGCCAGGGCCGGGAGAACGAUGAUGUCGGAGCAGGAGGCUCUGAAGUGCAACAGCGCCAGAAACCGUGGAGGGGUACAGAGAGUUGAGGGCAAACUUCGCGCCAGCGUGGAGAGAGGGGACUAUUAUGAAGCUCAUCAAAUGUAUCGGACGUUAUUCUUUAGGUAUAUGUCACAAUCUAAGCAUGCGGAAGCUCGAGAGCUCAUGUGUAAUGGAGCGCUGCUGUUCUUCAGUCACAAUCAGCAAAACAGCGCUGCAGACCUGUCUAUGCUAGUGCUGGAGUCUCUGGAAAAAUCAGAAGCAGAGGUACAAGAUGACAUCCUAGAGCACCUGGUGAAGCUGUUCAGUCUGAUGGACCCCAAGUCUCCGGAGCGAGUGGCCUUCGUGUCCCGCGCGCUCAAGUGGUCUACGGGGGGCUCAGGGGUCACGGGCAGCCCCAAACUACACCAGCUGCUCGCACUCACACUCUGGAAAGAACAAAACUACAGUGAGUCCCGUUAUCACUUCCUGCACUCGUCUGACGGAGAGGGAUGUGCGCUCAUGCUGGUCGAGUAUUCCGCUACCAUGGGUUACCGUAGCGAAGUGGACAUGUUCGUCGCCCAGGCUGUCCUCCAGUUCUUGUGCCUGAAGAACAAGAGCAGUGCGUCGGUGGUCUUCAGCACGUACACACAGAAGCACCCGUCCAUCGAGACCGGACCGCCCUUCGUCCAGCCGCUGCUCAACUUCCUCUGGUUCCUCCUCCUCGCCGUGGAUGGGGGGAAGCUAACAGUCUUCACAGUGUUGUGUGAGCAGUAUCAACCAUCUCUGAAGAGGGACCCAAUGUACAAUGAGUAUCUGGACAGGAUAGGGCAGCUGUUCUUUGGUGUGCCCCCAAAACAGUCGUCGUCAUAUGGAGGUUUGCUAGGUAACCUGCUGAACAGCCUGAUGGGUUCGGGGGAGGAGGAGGAGGAGGGGGAGGAGCCUCAGGAGGACGGAAGCCCCAUCGAGCUCGACUGAGCGCGUGCGGGACGAUGACCAAUCCAGCGGGGGCUCAUGGGAGAGGGGGGCGGGGCUUACACACACACCACAGAUAGGCUCCGCCCAGCCAUCCUACGGAAGCCCGGACUGUCCAAUACUGCAAUGUCUUUUUUUUUUUUUUCUCUUCCUUUUGAGUUGUCUUUAAUAUAUAUGACAUUUAUUUUGUUGAUUUUCUAGUUCUGAACAUUGCUCUCUUUAGGUGGUUUUAACAAACAAACAAACAAACAAACAAACAAACAAACAAACACACAUAAAAAACAAACACGAAGAGAAUCAAACAGCUGCUGGGAGCUUCCUGGACUUUGACUCCUCCCACCUUUUUCAUCAUCCAAUCACACGUGAGCUUUUCAGUAGCCAAACCCACACCCUCCACUGGAGCAGACGGUCCGCCCCCCUCCCCCCUCCAAUCAGCUCAAGAGCCGACGAGAAGAUCCGCCCCCUCCCUCCUCCCCCCUCCAAUCAGCUCAAGAGCCGACGAGAAGAUCCGCCCCCUCCCUCCUCCCUCCUCCAAUCAGCUCAAGAGCCGACGAGAAGACCCGCCCCUUCCACAACCGAACUGUUCCGCUCAUGGACCAUAACCACACACACACACACACACACACACACACACACACACACACACACACACACACACACACACUCACACACACUCUGAUGUCCCUGCCCUCACCACACUUCAUUGGGGGGGGUGUUUGCAUUAUAGGGUAAUAAAACAGUAACUUAUAAUCCGUAUAAACAGACUCUGGAAUACUGUAAGAGCAACUUCUAAGGAUUGUUUGUGUGUGUGUG